AUGGAAGCCGUAGGUUUAGCUUUUGCUGCAUUUUCCUUGUUCAGUGAACUCGAGGCCUGCAGCAAGAGCCUUUGUCGAUUCUCUCGGGAUAUUCGUAUGGCCAAGGAGGAGGUCAAAUUACUCAGAUACGAAAUUGCAAAUUGUCGAUUGCUAGCGAGCAUUUUUGAAGAAGUUAUUACACCAAUUCAGAACAAUGUUAUGCGACUCGCCAGGGAAAACAAGCUUGAUCAGCGGCUUCGCGAGCAAUCAAAAUUGGCCCACAACCAGAUUCGAGAGAUUACCCACAAACUCCAGCCAUUGCACCGUGGCAAAAGUACUGGUUUUGAGAAAUUCCAGGCAAAAAUUCGAUGGCAUUUCAUGAAAGGCGACUUUCAAUUCCCGAUGGCUACAUUAGGUAGCGUGAAAGCCAGUCUACAUCUGUUGACGACACUCUCGUUACUCGAUUCCGCUGUUGCCAACUUCCUUCGGGUUCCGAAUUCGGAUUCUACAAGAAAAUCACAAGCUCUUGAUAAAAUAACAGCCUUGGAAAAGCAAACACGGCGAACAGAGCGACAAUUCAGCGAUUCGAUGAGGGUGCUUCUCGAGCAAGGUUAUCUCGAUCAAAAUCCAGACAAUGCGGGCAAUAUACGAGUGAUAGCUGUUACUAUCAAAGAUAUUAAAAGGGGCACUGUCAAAGAUGCACGAGAUUUGGUUAAACGAUUUACCAACCAGCACCAAGUUAAAUCUCCAACAGAUUCAGAAAUCCCACCGCAGUUGACUUCUGCGGAUGACAUGUACUCACAAAGCGCUCCUCUCGUCAGGACCUCGCGGUACCCAAGCGCGGAAGACCAUUUAAUAGUGAGACUAAACGAUCCUUCUCUUCGAUCUCGAACCCUCGCUAGAGACAGCAUCCGUACUCCCACCAAUGAGCCCACGCCAGUUGGAAGUGAGCUAGAACUUCGACAAAAGCCUCGCCAUCAAACCCAAGACUCUCCUCAUAGCAGCAACCUGGUUAUGGUUGAGUCCGAGCUCGAACCGCCUGUUUCCCACGCCUCCCAUAGUCUAGUUACGGAUACUCCUUACCCUCCCGACGCAUCGCCAAGCAUAUAUCAGGCUAUGCCUCCCUUCAAUGCCUCUGACCUACGAGACAGAGAGAUACGAAACCGUCGACGUCAAAGCCGUUCUCGUAGCCAAAUGGGAGAAUGA